CCAUUUCGGCAAAAUUGUAUGUGACAACACUGCGCGCGGCGUCGAUUCGAUUGCUUAUUGCUUUAUUGUUCGUUACGUUUCACAUUCAACCAAGUAAAUACAAUGUCUACGCCAAAAGCAGAAAAAGAUUUACACUUGCCCCUAUCUAGAGUAAAAACUAUCAUGAAAAGCUCUCCAGAUGUCGAAGCAGUUGGCCCGGAACCGCUAUAUUUAGUGACAAAAGUUACAGAACUCUUCGUGACGGACUUAGCGAAGCGAGCGUAUAAAAACAGCGGCAACAAAUUUUUGGAAUACAAACAUAUCGCUGAUGUUGUUCAAGAGGACGAUACGCUAGAGUUUCUCAGGGAGAUAAUGCCGAGGAAGAUAACCGUGCGGGAGUUCAAGGAGCUAAUGGCGAAAAAGGCGGCGCGCGGCGACCGGUCGGACGACGACUCCAGCGACGAGUCUAGCGAUGAAAGCGAGACCUCGAGUGAUAACCAAGACUGACAAAGAAAGAAGCGAUCUAGACGUUAAUUAGUUAAACCCUUAAGAGCCUAGGCAUUUUUUAUUGGUAUAUCUUAACUUUUUGAAUGCCAAGAACAUUUUAAGGCAUAGUUACUAGUCGUGCCCCCAGCGCCAAUGACUAGGUGUUAUGGCGGACGCUGUCAAAGUAACCUUCAUACAUUCGAGUAAGAUUCACAUUAGCUCCCUUGCACCCGGGAGCUUGGCGAUUGAGUGAUGUUUGUGUUUGUGUUCAAGGGGUUAUUAAUACCAACUUUGUACUCUCAUAAUGAACUAUGAACAAAGACAAUGUUGUGUAAACUGAACUAAUACUAGAAAUAACUACACCUCAUUUUUACAAUGCUUGUAUGGAAUAAUGGUGUAUUGUCAUUUGUGCCCUCCACAAGACCACCAGCGUUCAUGGCACAGGGACAGCUGAAAAUGAUUCAUAUAAAUGCACAUUAUAUGCAUUAAUGGAUGGGAAUAGUUCCAUCUGUGUCCUGUGGGUAUAAAUGCACAUAUAUGCAUUAAUGGAUGGGAAUAGUUCCAUCUGUGUCCUGUGGGGACAAAUGGGAAUCAAAUGAGAAUACACCUGUUUAAUCACGGGAUAAAUUGCAUUGUUGCACUAUUGUGUAUGAAUUAAGAUUACUUAGUUUGUAAAUUGUUGCAUGCAUGACAUCUCAAAAUGAAUUUCAUAUUUUUUAGAUAAUGGGCAAACUUAAAUGUACAAAGCAGUAUAAUAACUGCAUUAGAAGCUAUGAGCUAUAAAUUGAAAUGUUAUACAUCCAAUUUAUUUAGAAUUCAUAUUACAUUUGUACAUAACAUAUAUAUUUAUGAUAUUAAAACAAGACUUAGGGUAUUAAUGUAAUUAAACAGAUUAAUCAGACCAUACAUUUUGACAAAAACUGUAGUUGCCUAGUUAUCACUAUUAAAAUUAACAAUAAAAGUUGUGUUAAAAUAAACAGUUUCAAAAUUGUAAACCCAA